AUGAUUAGAUCGACACAAAUAUCGCGGCUAGAUGGCCUCAUGCUCUGCGCCUCGGUCGACGACGAGCAGGCCGAAGCCGCCCUCGCCGAAGUCAAGAACCAGGUCCGCCAGAUCAUGCGCAAGCUCACCCGCACCUCGGAGCCCCAGGCCUCGAUCGAGUCGGGCGCCUACACGCUGCACUACCUCGUCGACGCCGACGUCGCCUUCCUCUGCAUCUGCGAGCGCUCCUACCCGCGCAAGCUCGCCUUCACCUACCUCGCCGACCUCGCGCGCGAGUUCCACACGACGCACCCGCCCGCGCAGGUGCACAACCCCUCGCUGCGGCCGUACGCCUUUAUGGACUUUGACACGUUCAUCGCCAAGACGCGCACGACGUACGCCGACGCCCGCGCGUCGCAGAACCUCGACAAGCUCAACGACGAGCUGCGCGACGUGACAAAGGUCAUGACCAAGAACAUUGAGGAUCUGCUGUACAGAGGGGACAACCUGGAGAAGAUGGGCGAGAUGAGCAGCAGGCUGCGCGACGACAGCAAGAAGUACAGACGCGCGGCGGUGCGCAUCAACUGGGAGCUGCUGCUGAAGCAGUACGGGCCGUUUGCGGUGCUGGGAUUCAUCUUCAUCGUCUUUGUCUACUGGCGGUUCUUCUAA